ACCAUCACCAUCACCAUCACCAUCCAACUGCGUAUUAGGGAGAGGCAUCACAUCGUGCUUAUCAUCACCCUCGAUCCCAACCCCCUUCCAUAAAAUUUAUUACUCCACCACCCACUCCACUCCACCCAACCCCCAGCCCACCCCCACCCCCCCCCCCCCGCUCUCUCUCUCUCUCUCUCUGCAUUCUCUAGCCAGUAGCCAGUCUUCCCAUGUCACAACAAAGCAAAAUGGGACCAUCCCAGAAACCUCAAACCACAACCCAUCUCCAUUCGAACACUCCCUCUCACUAAAAUCCGUCGCGCACGCAUCCGCAUUGGCCCCCCGGCUCACCCCCAUCUCUUUCACCCCGCAUCGAGCCAUGGCCGCGGCUCUGGAAUGCUGGUCGGGCCGAGCCAGCACGGACGAGGACAUGGUCGAGCAAGUCCUGAUGCGAACCCAGGACAGAUCCGAGGGUGCCCAGCCGGAGGCCUCGGGCCUGAAGGACUCCUCGACGGCGAUGCAGAAGCGGUUCCAGAAGCUGGGCCGCAACGUGUCGGAGGCCAUCGCGUCUUUCAAGAACUCGCUCAACCUCGACUCGGUCCGCGACUCGCUGCCUUCUCCUCCGAGUCGGAUCGAGACCUGUCGCAGGGUGGUGUGGGGCAGCGUCGUGAGGAACUUGACCCAGCUGUACCCCGGUAGUCAACUCCCCGAGAAGCUCGUCUCCAACAUUCGCAAGCACUACGAUUCGUUACCCCUCAGCUAUGCACAAGCGGGAUUUGAUAUGAAAGAAGUUUUUAUGCAUAUCAAAUUGAUAGAAGAGGCGUCCAUGGACGACGAGCCGGCGAUUUUAAUACAAGAGGUGUCUAAUGAUGAAGUCCAAGGAUCUGUUCUCAAGCUUACAUUUGCUUUUAACUCGUCGAUUUCGUGGCCGGCCUUGUCUGGUGCCCUCGACAACGCUUCAAUUUGUUGCAAGAAGAUACAAAUAUUUGAGAAAAAGGGGUUCACACUAGGGAUCUUUCUGCUUCUGGUUCAACCUGGGCAGGACAAGUUUUUCAAGACCCGGGUCGAGAAUGCCCUGAGAUCAGCUGUGAAGAAGCCGAAAUCUACAGCAAUGAAGCUUCCAUUUGGGUUGUGUGGGUGUCAAGAGGAAAGUACCGGAGGCAGAGAGAUUGGAGAGAUCGAAGAGGAUUGUAGUGAACCGUAUUACAGAAACGGGGUUGAGAAUCCGAACGGGAAGAUUAUUCAGCUUCAGAUGCCUUUACCCACUUCAUCAUUUGUUGUUUCAGUUGACGAAUGGCAGACUGUGAAAUCAGGUGGGGAUGAGAUAGGGAAUUGGUUGUUGAACUCCGAUAGUCUUGAAUUUAUUGACCAGACUGGACCCAAUACAUUCAAGGGAGUUUACAAGGGAAAGAGGGUGGGAAUUGAAAAGCUCAAGGGAUGUGACAAGGGAAAUUCAUAUGAAUUUGAGCUCCGGAAAGAUUUGCUGGAGUUGAUGACCUGUGGGCACAAGAAUAUUUUGCAGUUUUAUGGUGCUUGUGUAGAUGAUGUUCAUGGUUUAUGUGUGGUGACUAAGUUCAUGGAAGGUGGAUCCAUCCAUGAUGCUAUAAUGAAGAACAAGAAACUUCAGACUAAGGAAAUAAUAAGGAUUGCUGCUGAUGUUGCAGAAGGGAUCAAGUUCAUGAACGACCACGGUGUUGCAUACAGAGAUCUGAAUGCACAGAGGAUAUUAUUGGAUCGUCAUGGGAAUGCUUGUUUGGGAGACAUGGGUAUAGUAGCUGCUUGCAAAAGUGUUGGUGAGGCAAUGGAGUAUGAAACUGACGGUUACCGGUGGUUGGCUCCUGAGAUUAUUGCAGGUGACCCAGAAAGUGUUGAGGAAACCUGGAUGAGUAAUGUAUACAGUUUUGGGACGGUGGUAUGGGAGAUGGUGACAGGGGAGGCAGCCUAUUCUGCAUAUUCACCCGUGCAGGCCGCCGUAGGGAUAGCUGCUUGUGGACUUAGACCUGAUAUCCCCAAGGACUGUCCCCAAAUCCUCAGAGGUCUGAUGAUGAAGUGCUGGAACAAUAUCCCUUCUAAGCGUCCUCAAUUAUCCGAAAUUCUGUCAAUAUUGAUGCGACCAAACAACAACAACAACAACAACGGUAGUAGGUAAAGUCAUCCUAAUUUCUAUGGAACCGAAUCUCUUUUACAAAAAUGUUUUUUUUUAUUUUGCCCUCAAACAGCCUCUUGUCAAGUAGGUGGUGCUACCAUUCCUUUGUAGAUCCAAGCAAUUUUAUUUUCUCAGCAGAAAUGAAGGUGUAUAUCUUAA